AUGGCUGCUUUCUCACGUAUCGUCCGGUUCCGUAAUUCCGCCGGCCAAAUUUUCUACGGAGAGGUACCUGGCGACGACUUGGUGGACCAGAAGUCCCUGGUGGGCAGCAAGGUAGCUGUCUACAAGGGAGAGUCACCCUUUGACAACGACUUCAGCCUGACCGAUAACAAGGAAGAGAUUUCCGAGGUCCUCGCUCCACUGGCGCAGGUACCGAUCUUUGAAUGCGUGGGAGUCAACUAUCUCAAGCAUGUUCAAGAAACAGGGAGCGAAGCACCAAAAUACCCAGUCAUCUUUAAGAAAGCCCCAGACGCACUGGCGGGACCUUUUGAGGAUGUCCCCGUACACCCAGACUGCCAGGGUGAGAUGGAUUAUGAAGCUGAGCUGUGCGCCAUUAUUGGGAAGGACUGCAAGAACGCCACGAAAGAGAACGCAUUGGACUACGUGCUGGGUUACACGGCUGGCAACGACGUCUCUUCACGCUUCUGGCAGCGGAAAGAGAGGUCCGGCGGCCAACAUGGAUCAGCCAAGGGAUUCGACAAGUUUGCUCCCAUUGGUCCUGUCAUCGUUUCGCCCAGUGCCAUCGGAGACCCGCACAACUUGUCUCUUAAAACCAUUGUCAACGGAAUAGACGUUAGACAGGAAGCCAGGACGGACGAUUUGAUCUUCAAGCUGCCCGAGAUCAUUGCCCACCUGAGCAGGGGCACGACUCUGAGGCCAGGAACGGUCAUUAUGUCGGGCACCCCAAGCGGAGUGGCUGCAUAUAUGAAGCCACCCAGAUUCUUGAAGGACGGAGAUGUGGUGGACGUGGAGAUUGAGAAGAUUGGAAGGCUUUCGAACAAGAUGGUCUUUGAGAAGGCGUAG